UCUCACAGUUUCUUUACUCAAUGCAUCGUCAUCAUGAAUAGUUUGAUCUGCCUUGCUCUGGUUUCUUUKGCGGUUCUGCCAUUCACCGAGUGCUCUAUUUGUGCUACGCAGCCAUGGGUUCAAAUCAACUCACGUCCAGUUUGUUUCUCAGGGAAGAAUAAUCAGCCAGGUACCUUCAAGGUCUUGCAUCCCGGGUUCGUUGCUGCCGUAAAACUCGUACACAAAAGAGGUCACAUUCGAUGUGGCAGCGCCAGUGCAAAGCACAAUAGUUAUUUCGGGUGCCAUAACUGGAAUGGUCUUAAGAAGCAUUCUUUGAAUGUCGUGGUCACUAAUGCUGAUGAUCAAGUCAAGUUCCCUGUCAGUGAAGUCAGCAUUAAACAGCCUAACGUAGGUUACUGGUAUGGCCUAGAYGGAGUCAAUUCAGUUUCCAAACAAAUCGUUCUCCAGCACAGCUUUGCCARCCCAUACUUCGUGAGCGAAAACCAAGUCCUUAAGGUGUGGUACGGAGAAGAUCUGAAGGGCUAUACCGAACGAGAYAACGUUGGACGUGUUUGUGUAGAUGUUUUUGCAUACUACUUGUAAACAUUCAAAUAAAAAACAUUUGAAACGGAA